AUGCUUACUGCCCCGGAUCAAAACAACCGUCCCUUGUUUGCGGCUAACCAGAUUGUCGAUUUUUACCUUGAGCACUGCCCUAAAAUAUUCCCACAAAUCAAUAUUCCACUGUUUGGUAACGCCUUAGAAAAUGCAAAGGGUGUAUACGCACCAAAAUAUGAUGGCAAGUAUUUACACAAGCUUAUCAAGGAAAAAUUAGGAGACAGACGAUUGAACCAGACAUUGACCAAUGUUGUGAUCCCAACUUUUGAUAUAAGUUGCCUCCAACCAGCUAUCUUCUCCACCUACGAGUUGAAAAGGAACAAGAAAUUAGAUCCGGCUCUACUGUCAGAUAUAUGCAUCGGAACUUCAGCAGCACCAACUUAUCUUCCCUCGCAUUAUUUCAAAACCGCAACAAGAGAAUUCCAUCUCGUUGAUGGCGGUGUGGCUGCUAAUAACCCGGGUUUGACUGCUAUAACCGAAGUGACAAAAGAAAUCAAGAAGGGAAAUUCUGACUUCUCUCCGGUUGAGGCAGCUGAUCAGGGUAAUAGGUUCCUCCUCAUAUCUUUGGGUACUGGUUCAUCAGCAAAAUCCAAGGACGAUGCCACAGUAGCAGCUAAGUGGGGUAUUAUGACAUGGUUGAUGCAAGCCAACUUUCAAUGUCCAUUGUUAGAUGUACUCACUGAAGCAAGUAGUGACAUGGUAGAUUGCCACCUUUCUACCAUUUUCCAAGCUCUUUGGUCUGACGAUAACUACCUUCGAAUUCAGGAUGACCAAUUGAGCACCGACUUGAAUUCUAUGGAUAAUGCUACGCCCGAAAACUUGAAAAAACUUGUAAAAGUAGGAGAGGCACUGUUAAAGAAACAAGCUUCAAAGUUGAAUAUAGCUACCGGCCUCCAUGAGCCUGAUGAACGUCAUAUUACUAAUGAAGAGGCUCUCAGAAGGUACUUAUUGAUUACAAAUUACUCUCUGGUAGUGGCGGUGUUCUCCAAAGAGAAGAAGGAACGUGCAAUCUGA